AUGUGCUCCACGACUGGUACCAGAAGUACGGCACUUUUGUUCGAACCGGUAGGGCACGCCUUUCCCCUGCGCUCAAUCUUCGUCUAUGUUGGCUUGUCUCUCACAGCAAGCAAUGCAGGACCCGCAGAGAUUACCGUCUUCCACCCGAUGGCCCACGAAGCGAUGGAUGGUCCUGGCAAUCAGAACACUCGUUCGGACUGGUACGACCUCCUGUACCCCCGCGUCUCGUCUAUCUUCACUCGCGACCGCGAGCUCCACAACGUGCGACGAGGUAUCUGGACCCAUGCCUUGAGCAGUACCGCGAUUCGGGCAUAUCAUCCACGGAUUGUGCGCAAGGUGUCUCAGCUGGUGGACCUGAUCCACGAGAAAGAAGGCCAGCCCAUUCUGAUCAACGAGGUGAUGUAUUGGUUUGCCUUCGACUCGAUGGGUGACUUUGCCUUCAGCGAGAACUUUGCCAUGAUGGAGAAGCAGGAAUGGCACCGCAUCAUUCUGCUCCCGGCGAUCUGGAUCCCGCGCCUGGCCUUCGCCUUCAUUCCGGGGUUGUGGUGGGCGAAAUGGUGGUUUCAGAUGCUGGCCUUCUGCGACCAAUGCAUGAAGCGACGGAUGGAGAGAACCGUCAAAGACAAAGACAUCGCCUCGUUCUUCAUCGAGGACUACAGCACCACCAGCGACAAGCGCCGCAAGCUCUGGCUCAGCGGCGACACGGCGACGCUGGUGGUGGCGGGCAGCGACACCAACGCCCCAACCCUCACCCACCUCUUCUACUUCAUGGCCCGGUACCCGGAGCACACGGAGCGCAUCUACGAGGAAGUCCACCGCCUGGACGCCCUGGACGAUGCGGUCGGGCUCUCCAAGCUGCCACACCUGAAUGGGACGAUCAACGAAACCCUGCGGCUGCUCCCUGCCGUGCUGACCUUUGGAUCGCGCGUCACGCCUCCCGCGGGCCUGACGAUUGACGGCACGUUUAUCCCAGGGGGGACGAAAGUCUGUGCCCCUCGGUAUACCAUUGGACGAUUGGAAUCCGCAUACGCCCGACCGGAAGAGUUCAUCCCCGAACGUUGGUAUAGCCAACCCGAAUUGGUCCGCAACCGGCGGGCAUUCGCCCCCUUUGGAGUGGGUAAGUGCCAAACAAGCUGCGUGGGCAAGAAUUUGGCGCUGACGCAGAUCCGGCUGGUGGUGGCGGCGCUCGUGACGCGGUAUCGCAUUGGCUUUGCGGCCGGUAGCCCUAACGGGGAGGAGGUCGAGGCGCAAAUGAAGGAUCAAUUAACCGCACAGCCGGGGCCGUGCUGGUUGGAAUUCACCCCGAGGGGUUGA